AUGCAACGACUUAUCAGCAUUCUGCUUCUUGUAUCGCCAUCAUUGGCAUGUCUUGGUGGAGGAGGUGGUGGAUGUUGCCCACCAUCCCAGCCAAGUUGCGGAGGAGGAGCUCCCCCAUGUUCUAGCUCAAGCUAUGUUGCCGCUGCUCCACCUCCACCAGCCGAAUAUGCUGUCGCUCCACAAGCCCCAGCUGCCUCUUCUUAUGCUCAACCUGCUCCAUACAUUCCUGGCCCAAUCGCAGGAGGAGCUCCAAUCGGAGCUGGAUAUGCUCAAGGACCAGUAGGAGCCGGAGGACCAUUCGCUGAUGCUGGAUACGCUCAACAAGCUCAACCAGCUUACGGACAAGGAGCUGGAGGAAGCUAUCAACAAGGACCUGCCCCAGUAUCUGUUGGAGGUGACCAAUCCCAACAAGGAUAUCAACAAGGACCUGCCCCAGUAUCAAUUGGAGCCGAUCAAUCUCAACAAGGCCAAUACCAAUCUGGCCCAACUCAAGUUGUUGCUGAGCCAGCCCAAGGAUCCUACCAACAAGGACCAGGAGCCGUCGUUGUCCAACCAAGCCAAGACUUCCAACAACCAGCCCCAAUCGCCCCAAUCGCCCCAGCUCCAUACCAACAAGGACCAGCUCCAACCGAGACUGUUGUUGUCGAAACUCCAGCACCUGCACCAGCUGUUACUGUCGUCGAAACUAUCCAAACUCCUGCUGUAAACGAGGUUCAAGUUCCUGAAACCAAGGUUGUUGAAACCGUUCAAGUCAUCACCGAAGCUCCAGUUAUCCACACCGAAGAGAAAGCCGAGAGCACUUAUGACGACAUCUUGGAAGAAAACACAGCUCAAACUGAGCACGUUGAUACCGUCGCCGAGACUAACGGAGCCGUUGGAGAAGACUACGGAAAUGAUGAGAUUGAAGGAGAUGAAGGAAACUGUGACGAUGCUGACUUGAAGGCUAUUGUUGAAGCUGCUCUUAACAACGAGAAGGACAACCUCGAAGCCGCUCGCAAGAUUGAAGGAGAUGCCUCUGGAAAGUUCGGUGGACGUUUCAACGCUAUCGUUUCUGAUGCCGAGUUCGCUUACGUCAACUGGUAUGGCAAGAGAAACUGCCAACUUCGUGUUAACAACCGUCACUCCCUCACCUGGGAAGACUAA